AUGCCGACCAUAAUAAACGGCUACCCAACCCGCCGCCGGCGCCGCUACACCCCCGAAGAAACCCUCACCCGCGCGGCCUACCUCAUCCGCCACCCCUCCAUCCUCACCCUCCGCGAUGUCGCGUGGACGCUCUACCUCCUCUACGUCGCCUACGUCACGUACUUCACCCUGCGGAGCAUCGCGUUUCUGGUCUUCGAGGCGGAUGGGAGGAGGAGAUGGACGGAGCCGCCGGAGGAGUGGGGCACGCCGCCGCCGGGCUGGAAGAUGGGCUGGCGGCUGUCCUUUUGGCUUUUGAGGACGAUGGUCUGGAGGAGGCUUGGGGCUUGGGUGUAUGAGGUGUUCUCCCGUGGUGCCCCUGGUGGCAAGCUUAAGAUGACCCUCGGUCUCCCCGUCGGUGCCGUCAUGAACUGCGCGGACAACUCGGGUGCUCGCAACCUGUACAUCAUCUCCGUCAAGGGUACCGGUGCCCGCCUCAACAGACUGCCCGCCGGUGGUGUCGGUGACAUGGUCAUGGCCACCGUCAAGAAGGGAAAGCCUGAGCUCCGCAAGAAGGUCCACCCCGCCGUCAUCGUCCGCCAGUCCAAGCCCUGGAAGCGCUUCGACGGUGUCUUCCUCUACUUCGAGGACAACGCUGGUGUCAUCGUCAACCCCAAGGGUGAGAUGAAGGGCUCUGCCAUCACCGGCCCCGUCGGUAAGGAGGCUGCCGAGCUCUGGCCCCGUAUUGCCAGCAACUCCGGUGUUGUCAUGUAA